CGGGUCACAUACAUUCACUAAUAUAAAAAAAAUACAACUAGACUACUCUCUAAAUAUUCCUUUCUCUGGCUGCUAAUUUUCAUUGUAGCUAAUCAAUAAUCACACUAGAGAAAUAUGGGAUCUCAAGGUACGAUCAAUUCAUUCAUUCAUGUUUUUCUGAUAUCAUUUCCUGGUCAAGGACAUGUCAAUCCAUUACUUAGACUUGGUAAACGCCUGGCCUUGAAAGGUGUUCUGGUCACCUUUUGCGCACCUGAAUGUGUAGGUAAGGACAUGAGAGCAUCCAACAACAACAUAAUUAGUAAUGAACCAAUUCGGUAUGGAAAUGGUUUGAUUAGAUUUGAGUUUUUCGAUGGAUGGGAGUAUACUCAGCCUAAAGAGAAUCACCAGAUCGAGACAGAGCUGGCGAAUCUUGAAGUUGUAGGCAGGGCAGUACUCCCUGCCCUGCUAAAACAGAACGAAUUGCAAGGACGUCCUGUUUCAUGUCUAAUCAAUAAUCCAUUUAUUCCAUGGGUAUGUGAUGUAGCUAAAAGUCUUGAUAUACCUUAUGGUAUCCUUUGGAUACAAUCUUGUGCUAGUUUCUCAUCUUAUUAUCACUAUUAUUUCAAUCUUGCAACUUUCCCAAAUGAAUCAAAUCCUAACAUUGAUGUUCGUUUACCUAACAUGCCAAUUCUCAAAUGGGAUGAACUUCCUAGUUUCUUACUCCCAUCUAAUCCAUAUCCUGUCUUAGCAAAUGUCAUUUUACACCAAUUCAAUUACCUCUCUAACCCCAUUCGCAUUUUCAUCGAGUCAUUUGACGAGCUUGAACAAGACAUAGUAGACUACAUGUCCAAUUUCUUGCCUAUCAAGACUAUCGGUCCAUUACUAGUCGAUGAAGAUUCAAAAAUCGGAGAAAAUAUUCGUGGGGACUUAGUGAAGGCUGAUAGUUCAAUCACUCAAUGGCUCAAUUCCAAGCCAUCAUCUUCAGUUGUUUACAUUUCUUUCGGGAGUAUUGUUGUUCCAAGCCAAGAACAAAUCGAUGAAAUUGCCUAUGGGUUAUUGAAUUCAGGGCUAAAUUUCUUGUGGAUCAUGAAGCCACCCCGAAAAAACUCAUCCUUCCCUAUAGUGGUAUUGCCACAAGGCUAUUUGGAAAAAGUUGGGAAUAAAGGAAAAAUUGUGGAAUGGUGUUUGCAAGAAGAGGUUUUAGCACAUCCGUCUUUAGCCUGUUUCCUGACUCAUUGUGGAUGGAAUUCCUCAAUGGAGGCCAUCGCGAAUGGGGUACCUAUCGUUGCAUUUCCACAAUGGGGUGAUCAAGUCACGGAUGCUAAGUACUUAGUGGAUGAAUUCAAAAUAGGUGUAAGACUUUGUCGAGGUGUGACAGAAAACAGGAUUAUUCCUCGAUACGAAGUUGAACAAUCUUUGCAUGAGGUGACGAAUGGUCCUAAGGCCGCGGAGAUGAAAUCAAAUGCAUUGAAUUGGAAGAAGAAAGCCGCUGAGGCAGUGGCGGAAGGUGGUUCCUCAGAUCAGAAUUUGCAGUCUUUUAUUGAUGAGCUUAUGACACUACAAAGAAGUAACCAAAAGUUGGUCAAGUUAGUACCUCUAUCAAAUUAGUGUAACCUUUUUUAUGGUUGCUUUUAAAUUGGUUCAAUAACAAGAUGCGAGAAGCGAGGCUGAGAUGGUUCAGGCAUGUGAAGAAGAGAUGCGCGGAUGCUCUAGUAUGGAGGUGUGAUAGGUUGGCUAUGGAUGAUUACAGCAGAGGUAGAGGCAAGCCGAAGAAGUAUGAGCAAAAACGAUUAGACAAAACAUGAUGCUACUUCAGCUUACUGAGAAUAUAACUUAGAUGGAAGUUAUGAAGGACAUAAAUUAGGGUAAAUGGUUAGUUAGGUUGUGAAGAGUUAUCUCACUUCUUCCUUUAUAUUUGUAGUGGAAGUAUUACUUUCAGAGUUUCUUGUUAUUCUGUUUCUCUGUGAUUGUUUGAUGUUUCUUGUAUUGAGAUUAUCAUAGUACUUUGUUGUAAUGAUUGUUCCUUUUUAGUA